AUGGGCAUGCCAGGUCCUCAAGGUCCUCCAGGUGUACAAGGUAUACGAGGAUUUCCGGGUCCUGAAGGCCUUCCAGGACCGAAGGGACAGAAAGGUUCACAAGGUCCACCAGGACCACUAGGAAUGAAGGGUGAUCGAGGAUUGAUUGGUGUCCCUGGUUUCCCAGGAAAUGAUGGCGCAAAUGGACGACCAGGAGAACCGGGUCCACCAGGUGCACCUGGUUGGGACGGCUGUAACGGAACCGAUGGAACUCCCGGUAUCCCAGGUUCACCCGGACCACCCGGUGUACCCGGUUUUCCAGGUACACCAGGUGUACCAGGACCAAAAGGUGAACCAGCUAUUGGAUAUGGUGGAGCUCCAGGAGAAAAAGGUGAUGCAGGAAUGUCAGGAAUGCCAGGUUUACCAGGACCGCCUGGACGUGAUGGAUUCCCUGGACUGAAAGGCGAUCGUGGUGAUAUUGGGCCAUCUGGACCACGAGGACCACCUGGUGAAAUAGGUGUGCCGGGAAAUCCCGGCAUCGGAAGUAUAGGACCAAAAGGAGAACCCGGAGAUCUUGGUCAGCAAGGGCCACCAGGUCCACCUGGGCCACGAGAAUUCACUGGUUCAGGCUCUAUCAUAGGGCCACGUGGUGCGCCAGGAGAAAAAGGUAUGAAGGGCGAUCAAGGACCUCGCGGUUUACCAGGUCUUCCAGGUCCGGUACCAUCAACUGGUGCCAAGGGUACAAUCAUUGGUCCGCCGGGUUACCCAGGAAUGAAGGGAGAGAAGGGUGAACCUGGAGAACCCGGAGCACGUGGAUAUCCGGGAAAUUCUGGUGCGCCAGGACAACCGGGUUUUCCCGGAAUGAAAGGGGAAAAAGGACUAUCUGGACCUGCGGGACCACGAGGAAAAGAAGGACGACCCGGUCUGCCGGGUCCACCAGGUUUCAAAGGCGAUCGUGGUUUAGAUGGUCUACCAGGUGUACCCGGUUUACCUGGUCAGAAGGGUGAACCAGGAUUUCCAGGUCGAGAUGGAUCAAAAGGAGCUCGAGGUCCACCAGGACCACCAGGAGGUGGUGAUUUCGCGAACGGACCACCAGGACCACCUGGAUUACCAGGACGAGAAGGAAAACCUGGCCCACCGGGAGUUGAUGGCUAUCCCGGACCACCUGGACCACCGGGUCCUCAAGGUCUACCUGGUGGACCUGGACUUCCAGGUUUGCCUGGUUUAGAGGGGUUCCCCGGACCAAAAGGAUUAAAAGGCGACGCUGGUAUACCAGGUGCAUCUGGGAUGCCUGGACCACCCGGACUGCCUGGAUCGCGAGGACCCAAAGGAGAGCCUGGGCCACGUGGUGCUGAUGGAAAAAGCAUUCCCGGUUUACCAGGUAAAGAUGGCAGACCUGGUUUGGAUGGUUUGCCAGGAAGGAAAGGAGAAAUGGGAUUACCGGGUGUUCGAGGUCCUCCUGGUGAUUCAUUGAAUGGACUUCCUGGUCCGCCAGGACUACGUGGACCACCAGGACCCAAAGGUUACGAUGGACGAGACGGUGCUCCAGGUUUGCCUGGUUUACCAGGACAAAAGGGCGACCGUGGUGGAUCGUGUUCUGCUUGCGUUCCUGGGAUGAAAGGAGAAAAAGGUUCUGAUGGUUAUCCAGGCUUGCCGGGACCACAAGGCGAAAGAGGAUUACCAGGAGUAUCAGGUGCCCAAGGUCCUCCUGGUGACGACGGUAUGGCUGGUGCGCCAGGAAGACCUGGCCCACCAGGACCACCUGGAAAAGAUGGCAUUCCUGGUUUGCCAGGGCAGAAAGGUGAACCAACACAUAUGGUGCUUCGACCAGGACCACCAGGAUAUCCAGGUCAGAAAGGUGAAGCUGGCUUCCCAGGUUUGCCUGGACAAAUUGGACUACCGGGAAAAUCUGGACCACCUGGUUUGAUAGGAUUGCCUGGAAUGCCAGGACCAAAGGGCGAACCAGGUUUCCCAGGACUGACAGGAAAACAUGGCAAGGAUGGACUUCCAGGUCUUCCUGGAUUGAAAGGAGCACCAGGUUAUGGUGCACCAGGGUUGCCAGGACUUCCGGGUCAGAAAGGUGAAGCGGGUAUUCCUGGUCUACCAGGAGCUCAGGGACCCGUUGGGCCAAUGGGACCACCUGUAGCUGAAAGCCAAUUGAAACCAGGGCCACCGGGAAAAGACGGGCUACCAGGAUUACCAGGCCCGAAAGGAGAUGCAGGUUAUCCUGGUGCUCCGGGAAAAGAAGGCGUUCCUGGGCUCCCAGGCUUGCCGGGACCAAAGGGUAAUGAAGGUUUACCAGGGCCACCGGGCAUCGUUGGUCUACCUGGAUUGCCUGGUCCAAAAGGAAAUGCUGGAAAACCUGGUUUGCCGGGUUUGCAAGGUCAAAAAGGUGAAGCAGGAUAUCCAGGAUCUCCAGGAUUGCCAGGAGUUAAAGGAGAACCAGGACUGUCAAUGACUGGGCCACCGGGUCCUCCUGGAUUUCCUGGACUGAAAGGAAAUGACGGUUUACCAGGACCACCAGGACCUUCAGGUCCCGAAGGACCACGCGGUUUGCCAGGUUUACCAGGCUUAAAAGGAGAUGCUGGCCUUCCAGGCACACCUGGAAUUGUCGGUUUACAGGGUCAAAAAGGCGAUGCAGGAUUUCCGGGACUUCCAGGAGCAGAAGGCCCACCAGGGCCGCCUGGCAUAGCAGGAGUGCCAGGUUUCCCAGGACAAAAAGGUGAAGAAGGAUUGCCAGGUCUGCCAGGUGUUGCUGGAUUGAAAGGUGAUGCUGGACUUCCUGGAGCUCCUGGUCUUCCAGGAGCAGCCGGACAACCAGGAUUUCCAGGACAAAAAGGAUCAGCAGGGCUUCCAGGAAUACCAGGUGCUAAAGGCAACGCAGGGUUACCAGGUUUACCGGGACCUCCUGGAGCUAAAGGCGAACGAGGAUUAGCUGGUUUGCCUGGUCUGCCGGGAAUGAAGGGCGAACCAGGCCAUCCCGGUUUAUCUGGUAAAGAUGGGAUCCCAGGUAUUCCUGGUGCAAAAGGGGAACGUGGCUUUAAUGGACUUCCGGGUGAAAAGGGUGAACCUGGACCUGCUGCAAGAGAUGGAGAGAAGGGUAACGCUGGUCUGCCUGGCGCACCAGGUUUACGAGGACCUCAAGGACCACCUGGAUUGCCAGGAUUGCCAGGCGCAAAAGGUGAUGCCGGACAACCAGGUUACGGUGCGCCCGGUCUACCGGGAGAAAAGGGUAUUCCAGGCCUACCCGGGAAACAAGGAAGACAAGGAGCACCUGGACAAAAAGGACUUGAUGGUGCACCAGGAUUUCCAGGACUUAAGGGCGAUGCAGGUAUUCCUGGAGCACCAGGACUUCGUGGGCAAGAUGGAUUACCUGGUUUACCAGGACAAAAGGGUGAUGCAGGCUUUCCAGGUCAAGUUGGACUUCCUGGAGCACCCGGUUUGCCGGGUAAGAUGGGUGUGCCUGGUAUCCGGGGUGACAAAGGAAGUCCAGGUAUGCCUGGAGCUCAUGGUGAUCGUGGUUUAGAUGGUCUUCCAGGCCAAAAAGGAGAACCUGGAUUUCCAGGAUUACAAGGCCCCAUGGGUCCACCUGGUGUUAAGGGUAAUAUAGGCCAACCUGGUUACCCAGGAAUAAAAGGAUUGCCAGGACUACCUGGAAAAGACGGACUGCCUGGUUUACCAGGAAUUAAAGGUGAUACUGGAAUACAAGGAAGACCUGGAAAGGAUGGAUUUCCUGGAAUACCUGGACAGAAAGGUGAAACUGGUUUGCCUGGAUUACCCGGUUUACCUGGCGCAUCAAUAACUGGGCCAAAAGGUGUUGCCGGAGCACCAGGCCUUCCCGGUAAAGAUGGUCUUCCUGGAUUACCAGGAAUAAAAGGUGAACCAGGACUACCGGGAUAUGCUGGAGUACCAGGUGCAAAAGGAGAUGCUGGACUACCAGGAAUCCCAGGAGCUAAAGGAGAACCAGGACUACCAGGAUUGCCGGGUUUGCGUGGUAAAGAUGGACUUCCUGGAGUACACGGUAUCGCUGGAUUACCGGGCAUACCAGGUUCAAAAGGUGAUGCCGGACUCACAGGCGCCCCGGGUACACCAGGUCUUCCAGGUUUGCCGGGAUUGAAAGGCGAACCAGGUCUCCCUGGAUUCCUAGGACCGAAAGGCGAAGCAGGUUUGCCAGGACAACCAGGGUUACCAGGACUGCCGGGUCUAAAAGGUGACUGUGGUAUUCCUGGAGCGCCAGGUCGAGAUGGUGCACCAGGUAAGGUUGGCGAACCAGGACCGAUGGGUCCUCCAGGAGCUGAACCAUUAACAUUGCGUGGUGAGAAAGGUGAUCUUGGACCAAUGGGUUUACCGGGCAUACGAGGUGAAAAAGGACUUCCUGGCCUAGAUGGUUUGCCAGGACCGAGUGGGCCACCAGGACCACCAGGAUUGAAAGGAGCAGAUGGUUUUCCAGGACAACCUGGCUUACCCGGUGAAAAAGGCGCGGCUGGUUUACCAGGCUUUCCAGGUGUAGAGGGUACACCAGGACCACCGGGACUUCCAGGGCCAAGCGGACCACCGGGUUUACCAGGACCAACAUACAGGGAUGGAUUCUUACUUGUCAAACACAGUCAAACAACUGAAGUACCUCAAUGUCCCCCAGGACAGCGAGCUCUAUGGGAUGGCUAUUCUCUGCUGUAUAUCGAGGGCAAUGAAAAAUCACAUAAUCAAGAUCUAGGUCAUGCGGGUUCAUGCUUAACGAGGUUUUCAACGAUGCCAUUUUUAUUUUGUGACUUCAACAACGUUUGUAAUUACGCAUCUCGUAAUGAUAAAUCAUACUGGUUAUCAACAACAGCACCAAUACCAAUGAUGCCUGUUAAUGAGCAAGGCAUUGAGCCUUAUAUUUCAAGAUGUGCUGUAUGUGAAGCACCAGCGAAUGUUAUUGCGGUUCACUCUCAAACUAUCCAAAUACCAAACUGUCCAAAUGGAUGGAACUCACUUUGGAUUGGUUAUUCAUUUGCCAUGCAUACCGGUGCGGGAGCAGAAGGUGGUGGUCAAUCUCUAAGCUCACCUGGCUCAUGUCUUGAAGAUUUUCGAGCAACACCUUUCAUUGAAUGCAAUGGUGCUCGUGGUAGCUGCCAUUAUUUCGCUAACAAAUUCAGUUUUUGGCUUACAACAAUUGAAGAUGAUCAGCAAUUCAGGAUCCCAGAAAGUGAAACAUUGAAAUCGGGAAGUUUACGAACACGGGUCUCCCGGUGUCAAGUGUGCAUAAAAGCUACAGAUUCGAGCCGAUUCCCAUACAAGCAGUAG